AAAUGUUUUAAGAGUCGCCUGAUUAUCACAACUCCACGACAAGAGGAAAAAAAAAAACUCAAAAAUGGCCAUGAUCACGCGCAACACUGUCACGCGCCUCCCUCUCCUCCUCCAAUCUCAACGCGCCGCCGCCGCGGUCUCUCACAUCCACACGUCCCUUCCCACUCUCUCCCCCUCGGCGUCACCGACUUCCUACACCAGACCAGGUCCUCCUUCGACCUCAUCUCCUCCUCCGCCGGGUCUCUCGAAGACGGCGGAGUUCGUGAUCUCGAAGGUCGACGAUCUCAUGAACUGGGCUCGCAGGGGGUCGAUCUGGCCCAUGACCUUCGGCCUCGCGUGCUGCGCCGUGGAAAUGAUGCAUACCGGUGCUGCUCGCUACGAUCUGGAUCGAUUCGGUAUCAUCUUUAGGCCUAGUCCUCGUCAGUCCGAUUGUAUGAUUGUCGCCGGGACGCUUACUAACAAGAUGGCUCCCGCUCUUCGCAAGGUUUAUGACCAAAUGCCGGAGCCAAGGUGGGUGAUUUCAAUGGGAAGCUGCGCCAACGGAGGUGGAUACUAUCACUACUCCUACUCAGUGGUUCGAGGCUGUGACAGAAUUGUCCCAGUGGACAUCUACGUCCCUGGAUGCCCUCCAACCGCUGAGGCAUUGCUCUAUGGACUCCUCCAGCUUCAGAAGAAAAUCAACAGGCGCAAGGAUUUCUUGCACUGGUGGAACAAGUGAUCAAACCCUCCUUACCAAUGUCAAAGCGAGUUUUCGCUUUCAGACGAUUGUUACCAAAAGCUUGGGUCCAAUAAAACGUGGACGUUUCAAUGCAACGUUUAUGGUGGAGAUGCCAUGUGAAAGAGUGCACUUCUAAGUUUGUUUAUGGAAACUUGAAUAAACAUAAAAAUUCUGUUGUCCGACUCCUUUUUGUUAUAUCUACCAGUUUAUCAGCUAAGAUU